GUAAAGACCUUGCAGCACUCGGCCUACUGGGCCGUUUUCAAGCUAACGGUCUUCCGAGCAGGCGGGCAUGACCUUUGCCUCUACUUCGCCUGCACGGGAGGCAACGCCUACAAGGAGCGCGACCGGUGGGUUGAGAAGAUGGGCACCUUGGUGAGCCAGGUGACCCGGUCACUCUUUCCACCGUCAGACAUCAAGGUUCAACCCCUACCGGGAAUAGAGUCGACCUCCACUCGGAUUCUGGCCGGCUUCCUUCUCCAGGGCUGCAACAUGGACACCUGCCAGCUGGUCUAUGCCGAGCUUCACGCGUACGUGGCAGGCGAGGCGAAGCUCAUCCUUUACAGGGACGAGUGGUGCGACAGGGAGGCAGAAACAGAACUGCUUGAAGAUUUGAGAUUGCAGACCUGGACGGCUGCCCUGCACCCAAUGCACAGCGUUUUUGAUUCCAUGGCUGAUGUCAUUGCAAAUGCAGCUGCGCAGUUGUUGACGAUCAUGCUCUCCAAUGCAUCCACCGCGGGGGCCUUGACCCAGCUGAAGGUCGCCUCAGCUGAGUAG